UUACUAUAGCGAUGGGACAGACUGCUGAUUUUCCUGAAAGUGGAGGAUUUGAUCAACGUUUGUUUUAGGAGUUGCAACAGUGAAAUAUUUAUUUGAUUCUCUUGGCAAAUCGGCUAUUAGUAUGAAGUAUUAUCUUACUGACAACCAGAUAAACCAGUUUCUUGUUCUCAUCGUUAUGUAGGAUUUACAAUAUAGCAGAACUCCACAUUAGCUAACUUAAAUGUUGCUAGCUAUCGAUAGUUUGUCAAAUUCCAGGAAGAGAUGGCAACAAAACUUCAGCCGCCACACGUGGACUCAAAAAACAAAAAAGUGGAUUACAGCAAAUGGGAGCGGCGCAAUAAGAAGAAAUCUGCUCAACAGAAGAAUAUAGAAACUAUUCUUUGGACAACUGUGCCUGAUCCAAAUGCAGCAAGUAAUGGGGACCACCAAAGUACAGGGGCAGAGCAAUGCCUCCCCCUGUCAUCCACAACUGCAAGACGGCUUCCAAACGAUAAAUCGGCAGGAAAGUCUCACCCAAAGACUGCUGAUGGUAAUACCUUGACAUCUACGCCUUAUGGAUCCGGAAAGAAAAGUAUCGCUGAACAGAAGACAGACCCUGCCUUUAUUAAGAAAAAGGACAACAACACCAAAACAUUAAAGCUGUUACUGAACUCAAAGGGGAAAGCCGUUAAAGAACUGGAGGCACUCUGUGCUCUUGUUCAGGAGAGGAACCAGCUUCUCGCUCAAGAGAUCAGAGACACAGAUAAGGGAUCUGUACAGAGUGCAGAGGAGUACCUUGAUCGACAUGAGAAACUAGGGACAUCUAUCUCUGCUUUCAAUGAUUGGAGUCAAAGCCAAAUUACAGAAGCCAACGAUGAGCUGAAAGAAACAGAGGAGGUGUCAAAGAAAAGCCUCUCAGCUCUUCAGAGGGAACUGUCAGAGAUACAUGCCAAACUGGCUAAUGCCCAGGCAGAGUUGCAUACCCUUAAGACCUACAAGGACAAGGAAUAUCCUGUAAAGGUCCUGAUCAUCACCAACAUAAAGAGAGAAAUAGAGAAACUGGAGGAGACCCAGCAGGAUGAAUAUGAGGACUUGAAACAGUUGUGCCAGAAUGAGACAGAGACACAGGCAGAGCGAAACCUUCAGAGACGGCAGAAGCUCCUGGUCGCCACUGUCAAGGAGAAUGUCUCUCGUGUUCCACAUGUGAUCAGACUGAUGGCCUCAGACAAUGUCACCAUGAAGGCAGAGAUUGAGUUCUUCAAAAAGGAGAUAGAGAAGCAGGAGGAGAAGAAUGAUGAACUUACUCACAGUAUCCAAGAACUGAGGCUGUCCAGGAAGAGUGUCAGGGAGGAGAUCUUUGAAGAUGUGUUCACAAAGCUUGACAAGUGUACUCCAGAUAUGGAUGUUGUUUUGAACAUCCCCAAAGAAGAGUGGCUGCCCAUUUAGUCCCGCCUGAGGUGAAGAAGAACAAUGUGAAGAACUGUGCUCAAGCUCCAGCACCUACUCUCAACUCUCAUCGAUCGACCACGCAGAUUGUUUACCCACUUCUUUCCACAAUCACUUAUCAUGUGACAGUUAAGAAAUGUGAUGUCAGCCAACAAAUGCCUUCCAAUGUAAUAAAGCAAGUGACAUGGCAAAGGUGUCAUGAAUAAUAAGAAUAAAUAUUAUGUUAAAUAAAUUAGGAGUAAUCCUGCAUUUUAUGAUGUAGACUGGUAUUCACAGUACGUGUAUGACCCUCAUGGCAGAUGAUUAAAGUAUAAAAUAUUUUGUUA